CAAAAAUAUUCAGGGUGGUGCACGCAUUAUUGCGGCCGGUGGUUGAUCUGAGAGAACAGCAGGCACCCGUUGUUGUUAGUGUUGGUAUCAUCCGUCUGGAGAGAACGACGUUUGCACUCCAGCCUCCCGCACAUAUAAACACAUACACGUACAAACAGACCACGAUGUCGAACUUUGUGCCUACCCAGUUCACGUCUUUCACCGACAAUUUCGACUUCGAUAAGCUCAAGACGGGCACUUCUUCCACCUUCAUGAGCAACAUAAAAUCCAUGAAAAAGGUGGACGACUUUUUCGACUUCUCGAGAAUGUCUAUACCCAAGAGCAUCUUCGACUUCCAGCAAAGAGUCACAUACAAUCAUUCCUACUUUGCCUCCAACUACACGGCCCUCGCCUUCCUUUUCUUCCUCUACUGUAUCUUCACCAACAUACCAUUCUUCCUCUUCGUCUUCGUGGAGCUGGUCAUCGUCUACUUCGUCCAGAAAGCAUACGGCAACAGCGACGAGCUCAGCUUGAGAUUCUUCCGCUUACACAGAAACGUCUGGUACUCGAUCCUUCUCACCAUCAACAUCCCGGUUUUCUUUUUCUGCAGUCCUUUGUCCACCGUCUUCUGGUUGUCUCUCAUCACGGCUGUGUUGGUCCUCUUCCACGCCGCCAUCAUGGACAAACCUGUCGAUGCUGCCUACAGCAAUGCUGUCUGAGCAUAUCGUCCAUAUCUUCUGUAUAGCUACUGUAUUGUUAGGUUACGUAUCCCGACUCUGUGGAACCUGGAAUGUCUCUCACUGCGCCACAAACGCCGAUCGGCGUAUUUUUGCAUUUGUGGCGCAGCCCCGGCUUUUCUUCUCUUCCUCGCUCUGCCCCAUGAAGGGCUAAUCUAUCGGGGGUGGCACAUCUUAAAAGUUGGUGAUUAGAUGAGCCCAGAAGACCAGAUGGAAAAGGGUGAGCUUCUGUAUCUCGAAAAAUAACCAC